AUGCCAGAAUUACUGGAUAAAAUUGUAGUUAAACCAAAAAGAACAAUAGAAAACCGCAAAAAAGAACAGGAACAAAGUUCACGAGAAAAACGGAGAAGUAUAUCAAAAGAAAGACAUUUUGAACGUGGAUCAUUAGAAGAUUAUAUAUAUCAUGAUUCCCAAAAAGGGGAUUUAACAUCGGAUGAAUAUGAGAUGCUAAACUGGAGAAAAAAGCGGCAAGCAGAGCGAUCAAGGCAAGAGAAAAGCACUGGAGAGAAAAGAAAAAGUGUAAAAUUAAAUGUUGGAGUUGAUCAUAGCCCAACAUCAACAUGUCCUACAUUUUUAUCCAUCAAACCAUCAUCCAGGUCAUCUCGUACACAAAAACCUCUUUUUAAAUCUCUCCGUUUCUUCUCCAGUGCUGGAAGGAUUUCGCAAUCAUCUAUUCGAUCAACAAGUAAUUUGGAACAAAAGCUAUCACGGCGAAAAGACGUAUGUAAACAGAAAAACAAAGAAACAUUACGUUUUUCUUCUCAACAAAAGCCAACAUUAUUAACCCUUUCAUCAUCCAAAAUACCCAUUGAAAAACGGAAAGUUGGACGCCCAAAAAAGAUUAAGAUUAGUCCUAUUAAAAACUAUAUGAAAAAAACAAAAUUCGACAUGAACACUCCCAAUUUAUAUACAGGAAAAGCUACAAACAUACACAUUCAACAGCAACUAUCAUCACAAGAAGACCCUACAAAAUACAAUGAGGAUUUUUGUUCUGCGUGUAAAAGACACGGACGGUUUCUUUGUUGCGAAUCAUGUCCUAGAUCAUUUCAUUUCUCAUGUAUCGAACCGCCUAUUGAUGAAAACUGUCUUCCAGAAGAUUCAUGGCAUUGUACACUCUGUAGAACAAAACGUUUUCCACCACCCAAACAGCCUCGAGGAAUCUUCGCCUUUUUAAUGGAAUAUAUCAUAAGAAACAAUCCUAAAGAAUUCAGCCUUCCUCUUAAUAUUCGAGAAUAUUUUGAAGGAGUAUCAACUGGGCCUAAUGGUGAAUAUCAGGACAUAAUGGAGCAUAAAAAUCAAAAAUUCGGUCGUCAAAAACUCAUGGAAGAAAGAGACCCGUUUCAGCUGGAAGAUAAAAAUGGGAACCCUAUACUUUGUUACAAAUGUUCCCAAAAUGCAAUGAAUGGAAAAGCUAUUGUUUCUUGUGAUUAUUGUUCUCUUCAUUGGCACAUUGAUUGUAUUGAUCCACCUAUGAGUAGUAUACCAUCUGCAUCACGAAAAUGGAUGUGUCCAAAUCAUGCAUACCAUGUAACUCCUAAAAUACGACAACCUAAAAAAUCAAGAAUCUUAGAUGUAUGUUUAAAAAGAGGCUUUAAAAACAAUGGGAACAUAGAAAUUGAUAACACAGAAGAAGAAGAAGAAGAACAAAAGAAGCGAAAAAAAAUAUCAUUCGAUGAUUCGUAUAUUAUAAAUAAUAUACGAUACCGAUUACCUGAAAGUGGAGUUAAACUAGAUUUCUUGGAUAAAGUUAGAACAUUACGUAAAUCUCAAUCAACUCAAAAAUCUCAACUGACUCAAAAUUCUUUAAAUAACAACAAAACUCAAUCAAAUUCGUUAGAAGACAUACUACCGGAUACAUUAGGCCCAUUAGAACGGGAAAUUAUUAAAGACUUCGUACAACUUGGACUAGUUGAAGUAACUCCACAGGACCAUAAAAAUCUUACAUCGUUAAUUACAAUUGCUCAAACAGAACUUGAAGCUUAUGAAAAUUUUGGAAAAAACGAAAAUUCCCAGAAAAACAAUGUAACAACAGAACAAAUAAUUUCUGAUGAAGAACAUGCACAAGUUCUUACGAUAAAAAAAUUAAUAAAAAUUAAAGGAUAUUCUGCACUAGUAAAAUUUCUAACUACAUAUUAA